AGAUUCACAUCACAAGAUGAACGGGACGCGAGGCAGCGGGCUGGCCUGCAUCAAGAGCGGGAAGUUCUAAGGCGAGCAAGCGAGCGCGGGGCACGGCGGUUGUUUUCAGCGGAGGCUGCCGCGCUUCGUGUGCAAAAGCAGGAACCGUCAUCCGUGCUGAGCGCCACAACACAACCCGCGACUGCACUACAAGCGGACUCCAUUCUGGCGGAUAACUUCAAUCGGCACCACAAUUACCUGCGAAUCUCGCUAACGGAACGAUGCAACCUCCGGUGCGUGUACUGCAUGCCGGAGGAGGGCAUCGACCUGCAGCCCAACGACAAGAUACUCACCAAGGACGAGAUCGUGCGGGUGGCACGACUGUUCGUCGACGCCGGAGUGGAUAAGAUCCGCUUCACGGGCGGCGAGCCACUGGUGAGGAAGGACCUUGAGGACAUCGUGAGCGAGGUCGGCGCUCUGCCGCUGCGGGCGCUGGCGAUGACGACGAACGCGAUCACGCUGGCGCGAAAGCUGCCCAAGCUGCACAAGAUGGGCCUGAACCAGCUGAACAUCAGCCUGGACACGCUCGACAGCGAAAAGUUCACACAAAUCACGAGGCGAAAGGGCUGGGAGAAGGUGAUGGAGGCGAUCGACAUGGCGGUGGACUACGGCUACAGCCCGCUCAAGAUCAACUGCGUGGUGAUGCGAGGGGUGAACGACAACGAGAUCGUCGACUUCGUGAAGAUGACGAGGGACAAGCCGAUCCAGGUGCGCUUCAUCGAGUACAUGCCGUUCGAUGGCAACCGGUGGAACGACCAGAAGUUCCUCUCCUACAAGGAGAUGAUCGAGAUCAUCAAGCGCGACUUCGGCAACGAGUUCCUUCGCCUGCCCGACCCGACACCAAACGAAACGGCCAAGACCUGGUCGAUCCCGGGCUUCGCGGGCAGCGUCGGCUUCAUCACGUCGAUGAGUGACCACUUCUGCGGCUCGUGCAACCGACUGCGCAUCACCGCCGACGGCAAUCUCAAGGUGUGCCUCUUCGGCUCCUCGGAGGUCUCCCUGCGCGACGCCAUGCGGGUGGGCUACGCCACCGACGCCGAGCUGUCGCGCAUGAUCAACGCCGCGGUCAAGCGAAAGAAGGAACACCACGGGGCGGCCGAGUCGAGUGAUGGCGGAAGCGGUCUGACGCACGUCGAUGCCAAGACCAACACUCCUACGAUGGUCGACGUGACGAAGCGAACGGCGCUCGCGCGAUCCUACGUGCGUCUGCCCUCGGCCGUCUUGGGCGCGUUGAGCGGCAAUGAGAUAGCGAGUCCUAAAGGACCUGUGUUUGCGACGGCGAUCGUGGCCGGCACGAUGGGGGUCAAGAAGACGAGCGAGCUCAUCCCCUUCUGCCACCCGCUGCCGAUCGAAGGAUGCAAGUUCACCAUCAAGAUGGAGGAAGACGCCUCUCUUCCGGCGAAGAAGAAGAAGGAAGAGGGGGAGGAGAGCAGGCGGGUUGUGAUCGACUGCGAAGUGAGCCUGCACCACAAGACCGGGGUGGAGAUGGAGGCGCUGACCGGCGCCAGCGUCGCUGCGCUCACGAUCUACGACAUGUGCAAGGCCCUUUCCCACGACAUCCGACUACGACUCCGUGCUACCAACACCAACAGCAGCCAGCCGACGCCCAAGAGGAAAGCGAGGGCACCAACACAGCCCAAGGCGUGA